AUGCACACUCGAUCCUCUAAGCGGAGUGCACCUUCCCCACAACCGUCGGGAAGCAGCAACAAGAGAUCGCGCAAAGCCUAUGAGCAAGAAGACCAUGUCGAUGCUAUUGUCGUUGAAGAUCCUGACAACGAAGAUCCUGAGGACCCCGAGCUCAAAGACAUACUAGCCCAAAUCGACGCGCAAGAAGCAAGCGAACUUCUCGCAAGGCAGCUCGAGUACGAAAACAUACAUCCUGUUGGUUCAGGCUCGAAAGACGCACCUAUCGACAUCGACGGCGAUGAGGCCUUGGCCAGACGUUUGGCCGAAGAAUGGGCUGCUGAGGAGAAUGGUACUGAGAACAUGAUUGUGGACGUAGAUGAGAUGGACUGCUCUUCAGAUAUUGAAAUACUCCCUGGUCCAUCUUUCACUGCUUCGACGAAGGCGGUGUAUACAACGAAUAAGGUAGCUUCAACCUCGACGUCGCAUCGUGUUGCCUCCCAGACUCCAUUUUUACCGUCAAGCUCCUCGUAUAAACUGCCAUCCAUUUUGCCCGAUGAAGGUCUUGAACCGCAGAGGCAAACCUUCGUAAGGACUCGAUCAUGUACUAAAUGCAAGAAGGACGUUGAGUCUCCCCGUGCUUUCGUCGUGUUCUCGGAUGUUUUGCUACCUCCGAGCUUAGGAGUUCUCCUGCACGCGUCGUGUUCUUCCUGUCGGACAAAUCACUGCAGAGGGUGCUUCAAGCCCCUUGACUGUCCAGCAAGCUGCAAAGGCCCUUCCAAGAACUUGAAGUGCGAGACUCUCAACUGUUGCGCAGAGGUGCGGGCAAUAGCUGUAUUUGAGAUUUUAGCGGCCUUCGACCGUCAGUUGAUCGCUGAAAAAGCUGCUGCCGACUCUCGUGCGUCCACAAUUGCAAAGGCGACGAAGUCUGCAUCAGCUGCGUCUGUUGGACCAGGGGGCACGGGCUACGGCCGCGACGAACACUAUCCUGCAUCUAGGGCAAAUAAUCAAAAACGCGCCCAGGAGAGGGUGGCUGAACCGUCAAAGAAAGCACUGCAAUGGGAGACCACUAUUGUUCGCACUCUGAAGACCCUCGUUGAGCUCCUUCCAGCACCAUACACUGACGAUCCUCAAGUAUACGAUAUGCUUCCUCACCCCUCUAUUGGGCACCUCAUAUCCCUGUCGCAGCUGCCUGCACUUCUGGCGAGCCUUCUCCGAAACGACUCGGUCACGGACUGGAUAUCGCGGAAGGAAACCUACAAUGCAAUGUUAUUACUCUUGCGGCGUAUGGCGGAUUCUGAGCUUACUGUACAGUGUCUAAUCGGACAACGCUGGGAGACGGCCACCACCUGCGGACUUGAGAACUGGAUGUGGCAAGAGGGCGAAAUAACUUGGAGGAAGAGCAUCGCCGGCGAGCUCGAAAUUGCCCCGGCGCUCUACACGUACUUCAAGAAGUUGACGAAGCAGUCCCAUGCGUUCCAAGUAGGGGCAAUGCAAAUGCUCGGAGGGGAUGCCGAGGAGGACGUCGACGAGAUGAUGAUACAAGGCACUUCCCUUUGCGGCGAUAUUAUCGCUACGAGCGACGAUUUGGAACGAGCCAUUGGCGUCCUCGGGCAGCCGCUAACGCAAGAGGACCGCGACAAUCGGGCCUCUCAAGCGGAAAGUUCUUCGAAGGAACUCCGGAGCAGGAAGAAGGGUAAAGGCCGCGACGUCUCAAUCAAUAUCGACGAGCUCUACGUGGCAGAAUGCGAACGUCUGGCGUUUAAACAUGUAUCGCUGGCGGACCCUAACGUCGCUCAGCUUCAGUACACGCAUUACAAUUAUGCGCAAGAACUGAACAAUACGCAGACAUCCACUCGUCUGCCUAAAGACCGCCUCCACCUUCUGAAAGAGCUCGCGGUGACAGCUACAAGCCUGCCUCCUGGCGUUUGGGUUCGAGUGGACGAGGUUCGCAAUGACGCAAUCAAAAUUAUGAUUGCAGGGCCUGAGGGCACACCAUAUGCAGGAGGCCUCUUUGAAUUUGAUUGCUUCAUCCCUAUCGAAUACCCUAACAAGCCACCUCUCAUGCAUCUAAGGACGACUGGGAACGGCACAGUACGAUUUAAUCCCAAUCUAUACAACAACGGCAAAGUAUGCCUAUCACUCCUUGGCACCUGGCCGGGUCGCCCCGAGGAACAAUGGUCACCCAAAUCUACGCUCCUUCAAGUCCUUGUAAGCAUACAGAGUAUGAUACUUAUUGAUGCACCAUAUUACAAUGAGCCCGGACAUGGGCAAGCUAACGUGAAAGCUCCUGUCAGCAUUGCUUACAAUCGAGACAUCUGUGGGCAUACGUCGCGUUGGGCUAUCGUUGACUGGCUCAAGGACGAGCACAAGAAUGGAAUUUGGAGGGAUGUGAUUUAUUCUCAUUUUAGUACACGCAAAGAUAAAAUACGCCAGCAAAUCGUCGAAUGGUCCAAGUCCGCCCCUCAAAUUCGAGCUUACUCGGCCGCUUCAACGCAGGCAUAUUACAUUCAGCCUUUUUCGUCAGGUCCGACGGCGAAUUAUGGACAAGGCCGUGGUCAAAAAGCAUCUAAAGGGCUUGAUCUUCUUGAAGAAUACGACAAGGGUAUCAAAAUCAUUGAUGCUUGGAAGAUGGGAGAUGAAGCGGAGUAG